AUGUACAGCGUAACCAGAAUAUGUGCGGUGAAACGCACUCCCAGUCUUUUCCUAAGAUGCAAAUCUACCAAUGCCGACCAAUUUAUAACAAUCAAUAAUAAAACCUACAAGAGUGAUCCUGAGUUUACAAAUGUUACACCUUCGAUUAUUUCCCAUGUGAAUAGAUCUUUACAUAAGAAGCCCAACCAUCCAGUAAAUAUUCUCCGUGAUUUAAUUGAAAAGAAACUUUCAUCUGUAGAUGAUGCCUUCACCACAUACAACAAUUUCACUCCUGUUGUUAGCACUUUCGAAAAUUUUGAUUCUUUAGGGUUCCCAGCUGAUCAUCCAGGUAGAUCAAAGUCUGAUACAUAUUAUGUUAAUGAUAAGACAUUAUUAAGAACACACACAUCGGCUCAUGAGAUGGAAUGUUACAACAAGGUUGACUCAACUGGUAAGCCUGGUUUCUUAAUUUCAGCAGAUGUAUACCGUCGUGAUGAAAUUGAUAAAACACAUUAUCCAGUGUUCCACCAGAUGGAAGGUUGUAGAGUAUGGAAAAAUCGAUCAAUUGAUGAAAUAAAAUCUGAUUUAAAAGUAUUACAAAAGAAAUUGGAUGAGCAUGAAAUGAAAUUAAUCGUCGAAGAUCGAUCAUUAGAGAAUACACCAGAAGAGAAUCCAAAACAACAAUAUAUGACCGAUCAAGAAGUCGACUUGGUAUCACAACAUCUGAAAAGGUCAUUGGAAUUAGUUAUUAGUGAAGUCUUUAAUCAAAAGAUUAACAGUAUGAAAAAAGAAAAAAAUUCUGAGAAUAUUCCCAAUGAGUUAAAAGUUAGAUGGGUUAAUGCAUAUUUCCCAUGGACUACCCCUUCUUGGGAAAUUGAAGUCUGGUGGAAUAACGAUUGGUUAGAAGUUUGUGGUUGUGGUAUUGUGCAACAACAAGUUUUAUUAAAUGCCGGCUAUGAGAAGGAUAGUACAAUAUCGUGGGCAUUUGGUCUUGGCCUUGACCGCAUUGCUAUGUUGUUGUUCGAGAUUCCCGAUAUCAGAUUGUUGUGGUCAGAGGAUAAUCGCUUCAUUAGUCAAUUUACAGAUGGAAGUAUCAAUACUUUCAAACCAUACUCUAAAUACCCUGGGUCUACCAGAGACGUAGCUUUCUGGUUGGCCGAUUCUUCUAAAGAUUCUAUAGAAAUUCAUGAAAAUGAUCUAAUGGAAAUUGUCAGAAAUGCAGCUGGAAGUUUAGUGGAAAGUGUAAAGUUGAUCGAUCGUUUUCAAAAUCCAAAAACAAAUAAAACAUCUCUUUGUUACAGAAUCAACUAUCAAUCAAUGGAUAGAAAUAUCACAAAUGAUGAAGUCAAUCAAAUUCAAAAACAAGUCGAAACUGAGCUAGUUGACAAAUAUCACGUCUCUUUGAGAUGA